AUGGCGGACAGCAGCUUGGGACCGGACGAGCUUUCGCACCUACGCCGCUGCGUCGCAUUAGCAGCCGAGGCUGUCGAGGCUGGCGACGCGCCCUUUGGAUCAGUCCUCGUCGACCGGAAGGGUACCGUGCUCCAGGAGGAGCGCAACCGCAUCGUCACUCAGAAUGAUUCGACUCGGCACCCAGAGUUCGACCUUGCGCGGUGGGCAGCUGCGAACAUGUCGGCGUCAGAACGUGCUGGCGCUACCGUCUACACCUCUGGGGAGCACUGCCCGAUGUGUUCGGCGGCACACGCCUGGGUAGGCCUUGGUCGCAUCGUAUACGUCGCCUCCGCUGCCCAGCUUGUGGAAUGGCAGUCGUCGUGGGGAUUGCCAAAGUCGAGCGUCGCCCCGCUGCCUGCUGAGCAGGUCGCGCCACAGGUGAAGGUGGAGGGACCUGUCCCAGAACUCGAGGACGAUAUCAGGGCUCUGCAUCGGAAGCACGCUGGAGUCUAA